AUGAUGAAGAAUGGAAUUAUGUUGGUAAGAUUUGAUAGUGAAGAGGGGAAAAAUAAAGUUGUUCAAGCUGGUGUUUACCACUUUAACAACAAACCAUUUAUUGUCAAAGCAUGGUUACCAAACAUGGAAUUCAUUAGAGAAGAAUUGCACUCAGUUCCAAUCUGGAUAAAACUCCCAGGAUUGGACUUCAAAUACUGGAGCCCUAGAGGAUUAAGCAAAAUAGGAAGCCUGAUUGGGAAGCCAUUAAUGGUAGGCAAGCAGACUGAGAGGAAGUUGGGACUCAACUUUGCAAGAUUGUUAGUCGAAGUUAAAGUAGGAGAAGAGUUUCCUGAUAAAGUCCUGUUUAGGAAUGAAAAAGGGAAUGUGGUAACACAAAGAGUCAUAUAUGAUUGGAGACCUUCAAUUUGUGCUCAUUGCCACAAAUAUGGGCAUGAGAGUGACAGUUGUAGGAAGAACAAAAAGACAGAACAUGUUGCACUUGCACAAGCACCAGAGAAGAAGGAUGAAGAAGUGGAAACUGUUCAAAUGAUUCAUAAGAAAGCUGCACCUGCAAAGAGAAAUGGUUCUAAGGUAACUGGUGUUGACGGGAAUACUGGGGGCCAAGCUCAGAACACAAAACACCACCACCAGAACAGGGCUAAAAAAUAUAAGGGUGCAACCAUUUCUAGUGCAGCUAGAAAGGAAAGUGUUAGGAUGUCUAACACCUUUAAACCAUUGCAGACAAGUACUAAUGAUAAGCAUCAGCAGCAGGAAACAAAAAUAAAAGUAAAUAGAAUAAAGUGGAUGGCUGAGAAGAUGUUUGGGGGAUGGGAGUACUGUGCAAACCAUUCUUCUCAUUAUAAUGGGAGAAUAUGGAUGGUGUGGAAAGGUGAUACUUAUAAAGUGACACAAUGUAGUGAGAAUGCACAAGCAAUUACUUGCCAGGUGUUGUACAUUCCUUUGCAAGUGCAGUACUUGGUUACAUUUUUUUAUUCAUAUAAUACCAGAGAGCAAAUGAAAGAAUUAUGGGAGUACAUAUGCCAAGUGCAUGAUAAUAACACCAUGGCUUGGAUGAUACUUGGAUAUUUUAACUCUGUCCUGCAUAGUGAGGACAGAAUAGGUGGGAAUGUUGUUACAUUAUCUGAGGUAGUGGAUUUUCAACAUUGCUUGGACCAUUGUGGUUUUACUGAACUUCCAAGAACUGGCUGCAACUAUACUUGGCAUGAUAAAGGGGAUGCAAGUAGGGCAUUCUCAAAACUUGACCGGGUUUUGGUAAAUGGUGAAUGGAUGGACAAAAUGGAGAGUUGUAAAGUGCAGUUCCUCCCAGAAGGUAUCAGUGACCAUAGUCCUGUCUAUGUGUAA